GUGGUGUGAACAGCAGCCAGCGGCAGUCACACGGUUAUUUCAGCGUCGUUGCAGCAGCAGAGGAGGAAGAGGAGGAGGAAGAUCACAUCCUGCAGCUCUGUCCUCCAGCCUCACACCGGAGACUCACGCGGAGUGAACCCGCAGCACAGAGCACACAGAGCGGCCGCGAGCAGCGCGUCUCCGCGAAGACCUCCAUCCACCCAGAGAGCCGGUGAGGAAGAGGAGGAGGAGGAAGAUCACAUCCUGCUGAGCUCUGUCCCUCCGUCUGUCCUCCAGCCUCACAACGGGGACACACACCGGGGACACACGCAGGGAGCCCGCAGCCCUUCAUCUAUCCAGAGUCCAUUCAGAGCCGGUGAGGAAGAGGAGGAGGAAGAGGAGGCAGCACUGCAGCAGACAUGCCGGGCCCACUCUUCAUCACACUCAUCAGCGCUCUCGUGUCCAGCUGUGACGGUUUCAGACGGACCUCGUCCCAGCGCGUCUUACCGCUCAGACAGGAUGAAAGCCCAGCCCUGCCUCAUUUCAUCCAGGAAUUAGUCCGAACCAAACGCCACUCAGUCCAGGAGCUGGUGCGAGCCCAGCCUCACUUGGUUCAUGACAUGGGCUGGCCCGAGAUUCAUGAAAUAUCCAGAUCCGAGGUGGAGUCUAACUCGUCUCAGUUAAAACCACCGUCCUCCGGAGGUCAGGACGCAGCCAGGACCCCGGCCGCUGUGGACGAAGACGUGGAAGAGGAGAUGGAGCGCAUGGUCCAUUUGGCAGCUCCACAGGACGCAGGAGGUUACAGGGCUCACACGGACCCAGACACGGAGCCCUUCGGUGGGCCGGGUGCCGGCGAUGCCUCCCAGGAGGCCUCUGGCUUCUAUGGAACGGACACGGAGGACAGAGACAGAGGAGAGGAGGGAGGAGAGGACCGAGAGAGAAGAGGAGGAGGAGAGGACGAGUGGGAGGAGAGAGACAGGAGAAGGGGGGACGAGCGUGACGCUUCAGACGUGAGCCACCUUACCCCAGAUCUGGACGCUCUGAUUGGCUACAGUCCAUCCCUCCACCCCUCCAGCUCCCUGCAGCCCAUCAUCUCCUCCCCAGCUGAGCUGCAUGAUCCUGGGCUACAGGAACAUCGAGCGUCCCCUGUCCUGGAGAUGGGUCCUUUAGAGAGGGAGCUGUGGGAGGCCGAGGGGGAGGAAGACGUUCAGUCCAGUGGAUAUGGAGUCCGUCACUCCUCCAUCGCUACCACGACGACAACAUCCACAUCCGCCUCCACUGCUGCUGCUGCAGGCGGAGACGCUGCAGGAACCUCCACCCCUGAGACGGACACUGGCACUGACUUCGGGCUGCUGGGAAGUUUUACAAAAGAUGAGACGGAGGAUGAGGAGACAGAGCGGGAGGAGGAAGAGGAACACGCCGGUCUGUUUACCCAGAAACCCACUGUAGCAGAGGUCGGCCUGGCCCCCAGCAGAGAGCCUCUACAGCCCAGUGUGGAGGAAGAAGAGCGAGGGAAUAAAGACAGACUGAAUGACCGAGGAGCCGAGGUGGAGGAGGAGAGCUGGAAGAAGAUGGAGGGAGAAGGAGGUGUAAUCCGUCACAUCGUCCCGAUCACCACAGAUCCCUUGCCGACCAUCAGCUUCACCGACCCGGCCUGGAAUUUGUUAGACAAGACCACGCCCCUGGAGGCCCAGGGGUCGGAGGUCAGGGGCGGGGGGGCGAUGACUGCCACCGAGAACAUGAAGGAGGCACAGCAGGUGGUGUGUAUAGACUGGAAGGACCUGGUUGGACGUGGGUAUGUCGUCCUCAACAUGACGCAAAACCUGAACUGUGAGGAGUUCCGUGUGGACCAGGGUGUGCGGUUGCUGAAGAUCAUCGAGCGAGUGUUUGCUUGGAAGAUGAACAGCCCUGAGGGAUCAUGGGUACUCUUCCUCAGCAAGCCCACACACCAGCAACACCAGCUCCUGAUGAACGUGGCAUCUGGCCAUGGUGUGAUCGGCACUGGUGAUGUGCUGAACAUGUUGGGGGAGAUCAGGAAAAGUUUGAAUAAGGUGGGGAUCCAGAGCUACAGUGCCACCAGCCGCUGUGUGUCUCGGCCCAGUCAGACACGCAGCGACUACGGGAAGCUGUUUGUGGUGCUGGUCAUCAUCGGCUCCGUCUGCAUGGUCAUCAUCACUUCUGGGUUCAUAUACAUCUGCUGGCAAAGACGACUGCCUGCAACCAAGACGACGUUUCGCGCUGAGGAGCUUCACUUUGUGGAGAAUGGUUGCCACGACAACCCCAUGCUGGACGUGACCAACGACAACCAGCCUGAGAUGCAGGAGAAGAAGCCGAGCACGAACGGACUGACGGUGGGGGGCGAGAGAGGAAAGGACGACAGCAGUCGCUGGCAGGUGUUUGUCAAUCAAGGAGCGGCUGAGGAGGAGGAUGAGGAAGAGGAGCAGGACACACAUCUCUGAUGGAGGAAGAGGAAGAGGAGACAGGUUAUGAUGGAUGGGCGUCUUUGAUAGAUGACAAGUGGAGCCCAGAGAGAAGAAGAAGAAUAGGAAGAUGGCAGCAAAGAAAACAAGGUGUCUUCGAUGGAGGGAAGAUAGGAAGUGAGGGAGAGGAGGUGGAGAAAGAAAAGAGAGAAGUGGGGAUGAAGGCGAAAAAAGCCUGAGGGACAGAUGUGUGGUCCAGGAGCAGGAGUCACUGACGUCAUCACAGAGAUUAGACACCGAGCUGAACAUCACAUACAUGAAUUCAUGGAAAAACAAUCAAAUCUAAAACCAUUUAAAAUUGUUGUUAAAGACGGACGUCAGAUCCCAACUUGAUGUUAGAAAAUAUCACCAUUACAUAAACGAUCUGUUUAAUGUGCCUUAUGUUUUUAGCUCUUGACAAUGUGGCUGCAUGAGACAAUUAACACAAACAACCCAUCACAGAGCAAAGCACCUUUUUCCAGCUUCAACGCUUGAAUGUAAAGAAGCAAUUGUUUCAUUUGUGUCACAUGGAAACAACCAUUACUUGACACUAUGAUCUGACCGGCAGCCGGAAUCCAAAAGAAUGCACAUAGGCUGAAAGUACGGAUAAUAAUGUCAUAAUUUAAAAUGUAUAUUGAGAUGACAAUGUUUGCAGGACAAGAAGUCGGGUACAAACCAAAACCUACGAUGAGUCUAAAAAACGUAAUUUAACCAGAAGGUCGCUCAGAGGUCACUUUAUUGUUCCUGGAUCCGACCCAUAACCCUAUUCUAAAGUCUAAUGAAAAAUAUCCUGGUGAGUUUUACAUCCCUGCAGAUGAUCAGUGGUUUUACCUCCACGUCUAACUCCGGUGACGGCAGCGACUCCUCUCGGCUUCUCCUCCGAAAUCACCGAACAGGAAGUUGAGCCUGUAGCGACUUUGAAAGUAAGGUUUUGGCACUUUAUCGAUUCCUCUUUGGAAAUAGUGACUAUCAUCGCUGAAAUGCUGCAUCACGUUAAAUGUAUAACAUAAAGCGAUUUCAAACAUCUCUAUUUUGCUUAUAGGAAUGGUUGUCACUGCUGAGGAUGUUUACUGUUCCCUCUGCAACAACACGCGUUAAAUGUACUUACGUGCUGUUAGCCUGAUGCUUCUCUUUAACGGUGCUGGAAUGGCUGCUCUAUGCUCCUCAGUAAAUCUUGAGGCUUUGACACACGGGCAACAUUUAGAGGCCAAAAGCAUGAGAAUAAAGUGAGUUACAGUGUAGAAGUCAAAGUUACAGAACCUCGAGUCCAAGUCGAGCCCCAAGUCUUCUGUCUUUAGUGUUGAAUGUUCAAGUCAACACGUCACGUGCAGGUCACUCAUCUAAUGUCCGAGUCACUUUGAUCCCAUCUGUAUUACUGUGGUUAUAAUAUCCGAGGCUCAGCGAUCAGUGAUUAAUUGAGUAUCAGGAUCAUGUCCGUGUUGCCAAAAGUAUCUUCAAGACACUAAGAUCGUGUACAAGUCACCAUGGCACAUUUCAGUCGUUUUGGUAAUGUCAUUAAAGAUCUGUCACAGCUUUGUGAUCGUGAGAUAUAACAGUGUUCCAGUCGCUCAAGUCGUGUCUGAACGACCAGGAGUUUGUCUGAGUCACUGUCCGAGUCAGUAGGAUC